AAAAUGAAUUACAAUAAUCGCCAUGCGUAUUAUAAUAUGUUUUUUAACGAUCUAUACUCUAUAGGUAUCUCCGUCGGCGUGCGGACGUGUGUUCGAUCAUGUACCUACGUUGUUGCUGUUGUUGUUGUUGUUGUUGUUAUUAUUCGGGCUGACGUUCGAUUUAGUUAUAUAAGCUCAGAAAUUUCCUCGGUCCUGGUCCUUGAAUCCUAACCCCUCGAAUGCGCUUGACGUCAUUCGUCUGUGCAGAUUUCAAAUCAUUGCGAUAUGGCGUGCGGACUUAAGUAUAGGGUACGCACGGCCGCGGCGAUAGUAAUGAUACAGCAUGCCUUUAUAACACAACACAUUUAACUACAAACCACCUUAAUAAUGACAUGAACAAUAAUAUAUAGUUAUAAAUUAUAAUUAUGUCUUUAGACCUUAUUUGUUACACGCUUCGGAAAUUUUAUGACGCUCAUGUAUAUAAGUACAAUUAACCACGAAAUCGGUAGGUACUUGAACGAGUUGAAGCAAAAUAUAUGCAAAUACCUACGUUUAUUCGGCCUACAUAGCAUUGCCAGCAGUGGCGUCCUUAGUCCGAUGUCUAGACGAGGAAUGGAAUGCUAUAUAUUUAUGUUACGGUGAAAGAUGUAAACGUGGUAAAAGACGUCAUUCCCCGGUAAAUGACAUCAUUUACCUAAACAUUGGUAAAUGUUGUAAAUGCAGACAUUCCCCGGUUAUUGUCGUCAAUCACCAGUUUAGUUGGAGAAUGAUGUUCAAUACUUUUAUGUCGGUGUGAACGAACAGCGAUAAGCGUGUAGGUGCCAAAUAAGCUUCGUUAGUUAAAAAUAUCAUGACGGAAGUAGAUAGAUAAACGAAAAUCCCAACAAGCAAUAACGUCGAUAACCCGAGUAAUAAUAUGAGAUAAUCUAUUAGUUUAUUAGUUAGUAUCUACGGGAAUAUUAUAGCGAGUUGUAUAUGCGACGAGUGUGUGUUUUAUAAUAUUAUUUGUAAAAAUUUGUGUCACCAGUGAACAAAGUGUAAUAAGAGUUAGAUUCAAUUAUAGUGUUAGUUUUAUUUAAUAAUUAUGGAGAACAAAUUUAGAGCAGAAAUCGACAAAAUUAUUAGCAGUAAAAAGAGAGACGACAACAUAUUUUAUUUUAGUUCUGAAGAGUACAACAACAAAAUCCAAAAAAUAAAAGAAUUAAAAAUUGGAACACUUAAAAAAACGGUAACGAAUAAUAGACUUAUACGUAAAUAUGAUGUUGUGUCAAUUGGGGGAAAAGAAAAAUUGAUUAAGCCUAUAGUUGAUAAUGAAUCUGACGUUUUAUAUUACGUCACAGUAGACGAGUUGUUUGAAGUCAUCCAUACAGCACAUUUAGCAGUAGGUCAUGGUGGUAGAAAUAGGAUGAUGGCUGUGUUAAAAACAAAAUAUUGUAAUGUGACAACGGAGGCAGUUAUGGCAUAUUUAGGUUUAUGCAGUAAUUGUCAAGUAAAACAAUCAAAUCCGAAAAGAGGGCUUGUGACAAAACCAAUUUUACAUUCCGCAUUUAAUUCAAGGGCGCAAAUUGAUUUGAUUGACAUGCAAUCUCAAAAUUAUAAUAAUUAUCGCUAUAUAAUGAAUUAUCAAGAUCAUUUAACAAAAUUUGUUAUUUUAAAACCUUUGAAGACAAAAAGGGCCGAAGAAAUCGCUUUAAAUCUAAUAGAUAUUUAUACAAUAUUUGGUGCACCCGCUAUACUCCACUCGGAUAAUGGUCGUGAGUUUGUAAAUUCUAUUAUAACAAAUUUAAAUGAAAUGUGGGGAGACGUCAAAAUUGUGCAUGGCAAGCCUCGUCAUAGCCAGACCCAAGGAUCAAUUGAACGCGCGAAUAGGGACGUUGAAGAAAUUUUGGCUUCUUGGAUGGCUGAUAAUAAAUCAAAAGACUGGCCAAUGGCAUUAAAAUUUGUGCAAUUUCAAAAAAAUCGGGCUUUGAACUCAGGUAUUGGAAGAUCGCCAUACGAAGCGAUGUUUGGUUGUACAGCGAGAACAGGGUUAGCUUCAGCAGGGAUACCUUACGAUGAAAUAGAAAAACUUAAGUCAGAAGAGGAUAUUGAAGAACUAUUUAAUAACAGCAACCAUUCAGAUCAUAUAAAUGCAGUAGAAGAUGAUUUAGUCGAUGUUGGAGAUCUUGACAAUGAAGUAAACUUGGAGACUGAAAAUGAAUUAAGAAAUACUAAAGACAUAGGUAAAAGAAUUGAAAAAAUUAAAGACCAACGACAAAAAUCGGUUGUCUGUCUCGAAAAACAAGCGUCGAAAAUGUUGAGAUUGACUAACGAAAAAUUUUCUAAGCUUGAUGUCGGUACAACUGUUCGUGUCCCAAUACCAGAUGUCGAUAGAGCAAGAGGUUCUCCGCGUAAUUUACUUGCUGUUAUUAUUUCAUGUGAAGAUGACAUGUAUAAAUUAUGUACAGAAUAUGGGGUGUUGAAACACAAAUAUACACGAGCACAAAUUUCUCCGUGUAAAGAAAAAUUUCUAGAGCUAGAUGAAGCCAUGAAAAAAAUUAAAGACAGGGAAAUAACAUUACGAGAAGCCGCAGGACAUGGAAUAGCUGGUCAUCAAGGAUUUAAUCGAUGCAACUGUAAAACUGGUUGUGGAACUAAAAAAUGUGCUUGUAAUGCAGCAGAAAUGUUGUGCAGUUCAAAAUGUCAUGGUAACCAAAAUUGUACAAAUAAAUAAUUUAUAAUAUGUACGUAUUUCAUUAUUUUUAAUUAACUUAUUAUCCCAUUCAAAUAAAUACCUAAAAUAAAAAAUGAAUUACCCACCAACAAUGAAUCAUUAUUAUAAGUAGUACCUAUGGUAAAAAAAUCAGUGUAUUAUUUGAGAUUUAUCAUCAUUUACCACCAGUUUUGGUAAAUGACAUCAAUGGCCGGUGAAAGAUGUACAUUUGAAUUUAUAAUCUGGUUUUUUACACCAUUUACCUACAUAAUCAAAUCAUUUUGGUAAUAGACGUCAUUCACCGGAGAAUGACGACAUUCACCAAUAUUCAUCUUUCACCGUAACAUUUAUAUAUUAUACCAAUGUCGUGUAUAUAAGGUAUGUAAGUACUAAGUUCCAAUGCACACAGCAAGUAAAACCAUAUUUAUGCGUGCAACGUGUAAGUUCGUAUUCGAGAAUAAAUUAAAAUUUACCUACCUGCACCUAUGCAUGUAUGAUAUGUUAGUUCUUACACCAAGUUACAAUUGAAAAUGUUCUUUCCUAUUUUCCUAAAUAAAAUUAGAUACAUUCCCUACACACUUUAUUCAGACAUUGGACUUAUAGGACUGG